UUGGGGUCAAGGCAACGACCCUGCAGCCGGUAUAAAGGCCCCCCGCACUGCCACAGACCCACAGCCGGCCCCACCAUGCUGCUGCUGGGCGCCCUGCUGCUGGCCCUGGCCCUGCUCUGCGCCUGGGGGCUGGCACGCCGGCGAGCCACCUCGGGGACGGUGACGGGGCGUCCGCAGACCCUGCCGGCCCUGCCGCUGGUGGGGAGCCUGCUGCAGCUGGCCGGGCACCCCCAGCUCCACCUGCGGCUCUGGAGCCUGCAGAGCCGCUACGGCAGCCUCUACGCCCUCUGGAUGGGCUCCCACUACGUGGUGGUGGUGAACAGCUACCAGCACGCCAGGGAGGUGCUGCUGAAGAAGGGGAAGGCUUUCGCCGGACGGCCCCGCACCGUGAGUUGGCAGCAGGUGACCACGGACCUGCUGUCCCGGGGGGGCAAGGACAUCGCCUUUGCCAGCUACGGGCCCCUCUGGAAGUUCCAGCGCAAGUUAGUGCACGCCGCCCUCUCCAUGUUCGGGGAGGGCUCGCUCGCCCUCGAGAGGAUCAUCUGCCGGGAGGCUGCCUCCCUGUGUGACACGCUCAGCGCUGUGCAGGAUACGGCCCUGGACAUGGCCCCCGAGCUCACACGGGCCGUCACCAACGUGGUCUGCUCGCUCUGCUUCAACUCCUCGUACCGGCGCGGGGACCCCGAGUUCGAGGCCAUGCUGGAGUACAGCCAGGGUAUCGUGGACACCGUGGCCAGGGAGAGCUUGGUGGACAUCUUCCCCUGGCUCCAGAUCUUCCCCAACAAGGACCUGGCCCUGCUGAAGAGAUGCCUCAAGGUCCGUGACCAGCUGCUCCAGCAGAAGUUCACCGAACACAAGGAAGCCUUCUGCGGGGACACCGUAAGGGACCUCAUGGACGCCCUCCUGAAAGUGAGAAUCAGUGCAGAGAACAGCAGCCCCCCAGGAACGGGGCUGGAGCUGACUGAUGACCACCUCCUCAUGACAGUGGGGGACAUCUUCGGGGCCGGCGUGGAGACCACCACAACUGUGCUCAAAUGGGCUGUGCUCUACCUGCUCCACUACCCCGAGGUCCAGAGGAAGAUCCAGGAGGAGAUGGACCAGAAAAUUGGUCUGGCGCGUCACCCCCACCUCAGUGACCGCCCGCUGCUGCCCUACCUGGAGGCCACCAUCAGCGAAGUGCUGCGCAUCCGGCCCGUGUCCCCUCUGCUCAUCCCGCACGUGUCCCUCGCUGACACCAGCAUCGGGGAAUACUCCAUCCCCAAGGGCACUAGGGUCGUCAUCAACCUCUGGUCUGUGCACCACGACGAGAAGGAGUGGGACAAACCCGAGGAGUUCAACCCCGGCCGCUUCCUGGACGAGCGGGGCCAGCACAUCCACUCGCCCUCGCCCAGCUACCUGCCCUUCGGGGCCGGGAUCCGUGUCUGCCUGGGCGAAGUCCUGGCCAAGAUGGAGCUCUUCCUCUUCCUGGCCUGGGUGCUGCAGAGGUUCACGCUCGAGUGCCCCGAGGAGCAGCCCCUGCCCUCGCUGGAGGGCAAGUUUGGCGUCGUGCUGCAGGUGCAGAAGUUUAAAGUGAAGGCCAGGCUGCGGGACGCUUGGCGAGCGGCAGCGUGAUGGGGAUGAGCCCUGGAUCUGGGCAGUGGUGGGGUGGGGUGGGAUGGGGCAGGACCAUAGAGGCCGUGCCUGCCUGCCCCGUGGAUGCGGGGUUGUCUGGAUAAAGCUUUCCCAACGCAGCGUGGCUCCGGCUGUU